AUGACCAAGGAUACUAACAGUGGUAAGCGUAAUAACAGUAAAGGUAAGCAUGUGGCAAAUAGAAGCAAAAUUAAACCAGAUGUCGCAGCAGACCGUAAUGAAUCUUCGGCGGCUACCGGGAAGAACGGAAAAUCACAGAACAACAAGUCUGAAAAGAAGGCAAGCAAUAAUAAUAGCAACGGGGCUAGUAGUGGCAACACCGCCAAUAUCGGCACUGACAGUAUGAGCAGCAAUAGCAGCGCCAUCUCCGGGGGAAACGGGCUAAUUAAUUGUAAGGAGGGAAGCGCCAAUUGGAAGGAGGCUAACCACGGCAACCCCGAGUUUGUAUUUAAGGAACCUAAGAAUGGUGGCAAGCCAAUCAUGGUAUCAAGAGGUAUACAGACCGCGAAUGUUACGCAGGUUCAGCUAAGGUACCUUUUCGGCGACCCUGUCGCAUUCCACAAUGGCGGCAAUGCCGAGACAACCGCUUCAGCCAACUCAAGUGCUACAAACAGCGACGAUGAAAUGUCAUCGUCCUCCUCAAGCGCCGCAGACGACAGCAGUGUGUCCUCCAUGGGCAGCCAAAGUGACUACGCAAUUCACAAUUGUCACACAAGCAAGAACUCCACACAGCACUGGCCUUCUAAAAGCACUAUUCUUGCCCAGAAACUAGAAAACCUGGUCCUAUCAUGUAAGCGCUUCACUCUCCAUAACGAAAACCAGUCCCAUCUAGUCUCAGGUUGGCAAUCUGUUCCCAUGUGCUGCAGCCAAUCACUGAACACAAUCAACAAACAGAAGCAACUCUACGGCAUUCGUCUCUUUGAUACCCCUCCUGACGAUCUAUAA